CAGGGUGCUCACUUUUGGUGAUCAACACUCUUUUCCCUCGCACUACUUUUCUCUCAUCCUUGCCACAUACUUACCAUCCACCGUCAUCACCAUUUAGCUAAAAACGUCAAAAGGACUCAGAGUAGGAACACCCUGUAUGUGAAACAGUGUGAAAUCAGCAUGGAGGUCAUAAAGCUGUUCACACUGCCCAUGCUCCUCAUCCUGUGCGGCGAUGUGGAGCUCAACCCCGGUCCAUUGCCGAAAGUAACCAGGAUUUCAUCAGUGACCGUCUCCAGAGCUCCAAGGUCAGAUGGUUCGCGUGUGAGUGUCGUCUUUACCGAUCAAAUGUCCGAGAAAGAAAUCUUGGCCUACGCCAGUACCUUCACCGAAGCCGAUUGGUCGUACAUAGGCCAUGACCUUGGUUACAAUGCCCAAGAACUGAACAACCUUCGUAGACGAUGUCCAAGGCUCAGAGAUGCUUUCUUUUUGAUGAUUAAGAUGUGGCGUGACAACGGGGGCGUCCGUAAGCCUGGAGGCUCCGUCUAUGUGAAGAAGCUGACGAUGACGUUCAAUAGAUCUCCUCCUAGUAAACCUAUCAAGGAAGAUGAAGAGAAGAAGGAACGAGAGAAGAAGCAAGCGAUGCAGCGAGAGAAAGCGAAGACCGAGAAGGAGCUUGCUGCUUACUCCCAUCCAGACAUCAAACCAAAGCUCAAGUCUUGCAAGUGUGGACGAUAUCAUGCAACAUGCGAGGCCAAAGACGUGGUGGAGAUAUGGAACAAGCACCUGCGAGAGGCCCGGAGGAUGCAUGAGACCAACCUCCGCAUCGUCCUCUUUGCCCCGCUGCUCUACAACAGAAGCACCCUCGCCCCAAAAUGGCAACAGUGGAUGAGGAAACUAGAUCUUAUCAUAGAUGAUUCUGCCCCUCUUGAACGGAAGAAAGAAGUAUUCUUCAGACUAGAUGAACUUGACAAAGUAUUAGAAUUUAUUCACACCAGGCUCUCAACGAUGAAAGACGAAGAUUACGAUCAAAUGACAUGGCUCUUAGAGGAAGUAGAGAAGGUUGAUGAGCUUCAGGUGGCCAUGGAAGUUGCAAAAACCAAUAAAUAUUUUGUCACAUUUUAUGAUAACUUGAAGACGAGAAAGAAAAUGAAAGAGAGUAGAGUCAGUCGUCUAAUGGCUUUGGUCACAAUCAAGCAAUAUUGGCAAUAUGUUCACCAUACAGUGGUCCAUAAAAAGGAAAUAUUAUCAUCCCUCAUGAAAUUGAGUGAAAAGGAUGAAAAGGAUAUGAAUGUUUUAAAGGACAGAGGAAAUCAUCUCUACUCAAACAACAGAUUCCGCAAUGCGCAUGAGAUGUAUACAAAGGCUUUAGCUAUAGGUGUAUUCAACCACAUACUGUACGGCAAUCGCUGUCAGACGUCUCUUCACAUGGAGGAUUUUUGGGAUGCAUUGUGGGAUGCUCGUCGCGCCAUUACAAUCAGCCCCGAUUGGCAAAAAGGUCAUUAUCGUUACGCCCAAUCGUUCUUUGAACUGAAGGACAUCGACCGGGCACUGCGCGAGAACAAGCGGGGGCAGAAGCUGGUCGCCGACAGUGGGCAAGAGAUCGAGCAGCUUCAGAAUCAGGCGACCCUUUUCAGUGAGGAGAAGAAAAGACUUGUGAAUCUCAAUAGCAAAAAGCACGAGGUCCCCGAUCUCGUGAGUGGGUCUGAGACGGACAGUGAUAGUGAUUCGGAUCACAGCAAGAAACCCAAAAAGCCAGUCAAAACCACAGACCUCAAUCGUGACCUCCAGAGGGGAAAACUUGACUGGGAGAAGAAAAGGCUUGAAGAUGCCCAGAAAGAGAUGGAAAGGGAAAGACAAAAAUUCAAAGAAGAGAUGGAAAAGAAAGCAAGGCGGGAACAAGAAAUCAGAGAGGAGAGGGAGCGAAGACGCCGUUUAGAGGCCGACCAGAAAAAGUUUGAGGAGGAUCAGAAGAGGAAGACGAAGCAGCUGAAGAAGGAAGUCCAGAAGCUGGAGCGGGAGCACAAAGAGUCGGAAAGAGAUAAGCGUGAACGAUUGAAGAAAGAAGAAAAGGAAAGACAUGAUAAGGAGAAGGAGAAGCAGGCCAAGAGAGAUGCCGAGAUCGCCAGACAGCAGCGAGAACAGAUGCGGAAAGAAAAUGAGCGUUUAGCCAAGGAAAGGAUUGAAAGGAACGCUAUCGAGAAAUGUCUAGCCGAUGGUUCCCUAGCCUUGGUCAGUGGUCAGUCUCGCCAGGCGGUCACCCUUUAUAACAAAGCAGCAGACCUACUCAAGGCUACGAACAAAGAGUACGGUGGUAUGCAUGAAGCAGACUACAUCGUCUUCCUGUAUGCACAAGCUACUGCCUACCUACGAUCAGGAAUACCCUCGGAAAUCAACGAAGCUCUGACCAGGUUUGAAAACAUCGCCAAAGAAUUUCCCAGCAUGCGCAAUGGACUUCCUUUUUACGGCCUGGCGACAUCACUCUAUAAACUAAACAGGUUUCAUGAAGCCCUUGACCCGAUAGAGAAGAGCCUGUUCAUCGCCACCCAUUUUGAGCACACCAUCCACACAUGGCCCGGAACGUUAACCAACAUUGAAGAAACAGAGAAAGGCAAGCUUGAGACCGCGUUGAAAGAGCUUGAGCAUUGGUGCAAGUACCCACCAAGCCCCGACGCCACCUGCAGGUACGUUGACUGCACCACCAAGAGAGAGAUGUACCUCUCAGAUCUAGAUUUCAAAGGCUACAUCAAGGUACGAUGCAGUGAACGCUGUUACAUUGACUACCACAUCAACUGCUGGAAGGCACUCAAGAAUGAGAGGAACAUCACAGGAGGAGAAAGGGAGGCUCUAAAGACCCCCUGCUCAACACCUGAUUGCUUAGGAACAUUGAGUGAUAUCAAAGUGAUUGGUGCUAACGGACUCCUCAAAACAGAAGCCAAGGUUGAGAAACCUCCAAAACCACCCAAGGAUGACACCAAGAAGAAAAAUACGCAGAAGCCGAACAAGGACCAGAAGAAAGGCAAGAAGUUCAAGAAGCAACACCAUGGUGAAAGCUCCAAGAUAGAGAAAGGCCAGGGGGAUGCAGAAGGUCAGGCUGGUCAUGGUCAAACUACAGAGGGCGCUCAUGCUGCCAAGGAAGAUGCAACCAGUAAAUCGGCUCCUGGGGUUGACAAACCAAGGGCUGGGUCGGACGCAGGCAUCGCCAUGGCAACAGACUCCGCCGCAGACGGCGCUGUAGGAGGGCAGAAGGGUGACGGAGCAGAAGAAGAGGAGGAAAUGAAACCUGAGGCUACCUAUGUUCUUAAGAGAGAUGACAUCGAAGAGAGAAAGGUCAAUAAAGUCAAGGCCAAGAAGUCACGCAAACCUGUUGUGUUUGAUGAAGCAGCCGCAUCUAACAUUGUCCAGAUUGAAUUUGCUCCUGCUAGUACGAGAAGACUUUAUGGGGCUGACGACGCGGAAGAACUUCAGGAGAGAUUGAACAGGGGUUGGCAGUCGAGACUGACCACGUCAGAUGACCGUCCCUUUGCCAUUCCUUCACAUCUCCAGGAUGCUGCACGGGGCAUAGAUGCUGAAUUCCAGGAGGAGCCGUCCAUUAUCCUUCCUGAAACGGACGAAGAGAAGAGCCAGAAAAUGGGUCUAUUUUUACAUUUCACCGAUAUCUUUUCAAACAACGGACCUCUCCACCUUGAGGAUCCAAUCUUGAUUGCUUCCAUGGAGCAUCUCACCUUCGAGCACCAGGAACUUAUAGCUAGGCGAGGUGGCCUCAAGCCAUUCCUCCGUGAAUCCAAAGACUUUGCCAUUGUUGGCAAUUACGCCAGCGUAAAGAGCGAUGCUCAGAAGUGCAAAGACAUAGCGGUUCUGAAUGGAUACCAGGAAGAGGAAGCGAAGGAUGAUGCUGCGAGAUACUCUCUGAAUCCAAACUCGGCUCCAUUCAUCCCAAAGACUUUGAACUCUGAUCUUAGCAUCUUCCAAACAACUCCAGUGGUUGAUGACUUUGAAUCGAAAGGUCUUGUGGGUUAUAUGGGUCUCCCAGGUGUCCCUAGACCCGUCUUCGGAUUGGAUUCGUUUGAGGGUUUUGAUAGUGACGAUUAUAAUGACGAGGAAGAUGAAUCAGACUCUGGUGAUAGUCUAGCCUCAUCAAACGAUGAUGAUGAGGAGGAUGAUAGCGAUGAUGAUGAUGAAGACAGUACUGAAUCUUUUCACGAAGCAUCGUCCGAUCUCCAUGCCGCUAAUUACGAUGGAAUAGAAUCAGAGCUGUACGAAUCGACCCUCCAAGGCAACGUCAGUGCUCUGUCCGAUUCCAAAGUCGACGACAUCGAUGACGAGGACUAUCACUGGGAGAAUCAUUACAGCUCUAAGGAACUCAAUGUUGAUGAGGUGAACGAUGCCAUAAUUCCAAAAGAGACUGAUGAUGCCGUCAUUGGCAAUGACUCCAAUGAUGUACCUAUUCAUGAACAGACCGAAAUAAGCACUGAACAGUCACAUCCACAACACAAUGAUGACGGGCUAACAGGAAAUACUGGGAGUAAUAAUAAUAAUACAGAAACCAAAGACACUACUGAUUCUACACAAGAUCUUGCAGUACAGGAUAGUAUAACAAAGUCACCAAUUCCUCCAGAAAUGGAAAUUGAUGCUGUAGAACUUGAUAAGGACGGAAUCGCCCAAGGUCAAUCUGAACCUGGUCAGAACGAUAGCCUCCACGGUGGAGCAACUGUUAUUAGUGAUGCCCAUGAAUCUGUAGAUAUUUCUAAAAAUUCUGAAAGUGAAACAGCAGGAACUACUCCUGCUGGAUUGACAUUGACGGUGCAAUUGGAACCGUCUGCAACUGACUCUGUGACUUCUGAAUUGAGCGAGGGUUCUGUUAAACAGUCUCUCGAACUCGAUGAGGAUACCAGUGAUGAUGGGACAUCUGUGGAUCAGGUUUCGAAUCUCAAACCCAGUGAUGAUAAUAAGGAGGAGGAGGCGGUAGAGGUGGAGGUAAAGGUGGAGGAGGAGGUUAAGGAGGAGGAGGUUAAGGAGGAGGAGGAGGCAGUUGGUGCCAGCACCUCACAGACUGAAGACUCCUCCAUUCUAACUCUCCCAGGAUCCCUUGUUUCAAAUACCCCGCCAGGAACCCUUGUAUCAAAUCCCCCUCCUGUAAAUAAUGACUUGAAAACACCAGACAAAACUCAAGGACAAAACCAAACCCCGGAAUCAAAUAAAUCUACAUUUUCUGAGAGCGACUAUGAGAAGAUGUUUGAAAAGAGACUGCAACAGUGGAAGGAACAACACCCGCCCUCUCCAGUCCACGAGCAGAGAAGCUUUGGCACAAACACUGAUGAACACAAGGACCAGUUGGAAUAUUUGCAAGAGAAGCUUACUCUCUUUUGUAGGUCUCUGGAACAGGCAAAAAGAGAGAAAAAACAGAUGGAGGAUAACAUGGCUAGGUAUCAUGACAACGUUAACAAGAGUGCAGAAAAAGAAGUAAUCAUUUGGAAACAAAAAUAUCAGGAUAUCCGGGAUCAAUAUCAAGAACUGGAUAUAAGCAAAAGCUUAAUGGCUUUGAAAUAUAAUGAACUUGAAGAGGCGCAUAAACCGUGUCACUCAAAGAUAAAGAAGUAUGAUGGUCUGAAGGAAAGGUUUGACAAACUGGUUCUUGCUUCAGCCGAAGAAAUAGAGUCGUUGAAGAGCGAGAUUGGCAUACUGCGGAACUCUGUCAAAGACAAAGAGAAGGUCAACAAGACACUUGACAGGCAGUCGAAGAAGCUCAUGGUUGAGAAACAAGAACUCCAGGACACCAUGUCCAAACUUCAAUCUGAGAUUGCCAUUGUGAACGAGGAGCGUCUUACAGCAAUUGCCAGGAGAGCUCAGAUAGAGAUGGAAUUGGAGGAGACAAGGAAGAUUCCUAAGGAACUCAAGGAAGCCAAGCAUGCCUUGGAGGUACGUCUCAAGGCCAAGGAAGAAGAGGCCGUGAAGUCAUUGGAUAGAGCCUGCAAAGCUGAGAGUCAAUUCCUGCAACUGUUUAUGUCGAAGGAGUUGAAACCAUUAGAAGAAGCCUGCAAUGAAGCAGAGUACCAUAUCAAAACUAUAGCCAACAUCCUGCAAAACAACCCUAUGAUGGAGGAGCAUGUUAGAGCUAUCCGGAGUAUGUGGCAGGACUGUCUUGCAACCAACCAACGUGCUGUUUCUAAAGCUCAGAAUGAAUUCCAAGCCCAGAUGCUUUCCAUUCAGAACGGAGGUGUCUUAGACGCCAUGAAGCCAGUGGAAGUCCCUGCUCCCUACAAGCCUGAGGGUCUCGUCAAAGGUGGAGGCUUCGGAGCCGGUAAUUCCCCCACCGGUCCACCAUCCAUGCCGUCUCCUACCACCAUGACCCAACCUGGCAUGGGUGGAUCGGGGUCAUGGUUGAUGUCAGGACAGAGGCAGGGCGGGGCAGACCCUAGGAUGCAGGCAGGGACACCACCGGUAGUAGACUCCCAGGAGGGGAUGAUGCCAACUUCGAUGAUGGAGGAAGUGCUGCAGAACAGUGGUGGAAUGGAAAACCAAUUUGCUUCCCAACCCCAAAGCAUCAGUGAAGCUCAACGCAAAGCCAGGGCACUUGAACAAGCCGAGGCUAUAGCAGAGGCCAUGGUCCAAGCCAGGGUCCAAGCACAGGCCGAAGCACAGGCCCAAGCACAGGCCCAGGCUCAAGCGCAAGCACGAGCCCAGGCACAAGCCCAACAGCUACAGCAAGCCCAAUUUCAAGCCAUGUCUCGAGCUCAGACACCACCAGUGGUCUCACAGGGAGAGGGUGCUAUGUCAGGCAAUGGUUUUAACCACCACCAGCAUCCAAAUGGUCAGUCUGGUCCUGACUCUGGAGCAUCGAGGAAAACUUUCACCGUUCCACCGAACAUGCAACACGCCCAGCAUCAGAUGCAGAUGUCGCAGCAACAAGUGGCCCGCAACCAACAACUUGCUGCCAUGCAGCACCAGCAACAGAUGGCUGCUCGGCAACAAUUUAUGGAGCAACAGGUCGCACGCCCCAAGAACAGCUUUGAAAGGAUAAUGCUAAGACUGCACACUAUCUACCCAAGUUACAACAAGGUCCAGUUGACUGGGUUUUUGAAGGAUGUCCGCACCUCAAACAACGGCUCCCUGUCUGGUCUGUCGGUAGACGACAUCAUCCGUCGUGUCGGUGAGCUCGUCCGUCAACGACAUCGAGAGACCGCAGGCAAUGCCUCCCAGAGAAUGCAGAGCAAAGGGUUCGCCAACCAGCAGGGCAUGAUGGGAGGGCGCCCUACGGCCCCGCCCGUCAACCAGCCAGUCAACCAGCAACCCAAGCGCUCCUCCUACCAACCGGCCCCCACCCCAUCCCAGCCGGCCUGGACCACCGUGGGUCACAUCCAGAAGGGUCUCAACUGGCACAAGGAGCUGGUGGAUGGGGAGGAGGAGGAAGAGGAUCCCUGCGUCAUCUGCCAUGAUGAGAUGAGUGGGGACGAUAUCUUGGAGAUAGAGUGUGGACACAUCUUCCAUGGACGGUGUAUCCAAGAGUGGCUCAAGCAGCAGAGCACUUGCCCGACAUGUCGCAAUUACACUAUCCUCAAGAAUGAUUAUCCAACAUUGCACAGGUGAGAGAGAGGGAGAGACAAGGACACAUGAAGAGGCCUAUAUCUUCCACCAUCUCUUAGCUCCAGUCUGUAGACUCUGUCACUGCGCUAGUAAAAGAGAGGCAGAGAGAUAUGGACAUGGUAGGCAGAUAUGAAGAAGCCUUAAAUCAAUUAACCUCCAAAGACUAAGCAUUUUUUCAAGAGCAGGGUCCCAUGACACAAAAUUUAGCGAUUAAUCGUGCGCUUGAUUUUUACGAUUGAUUGUGUAUUGUAGUCAAUGGAAUCAAUCGUAGAAAAGUGUUUCUAUGAUUAUUGCUAAGCUUUGUGUUACGUGCCCCAGAAAAUCCAAGUGUAAUGUACAUGUCAUCCAAGUUGAAUUUUUUCUGAAGUUGAAAACAAGAUUUCUGUGGUUCAAACAGAUAGAUGCACCUGACUGAUAAAUUUCAUCUGAGCCAAUCAGAUGCAGGGAUUUCAGUAGCUUACAACAAACAAGUCAGUGAAAGAUUACUGUUUUGUUCACAAAAUGUUCCUCUGAUUGAUUUUUUUUUUGCCAAUUUGAGUUAGUUACUACUUGAUUUCAUUUCACCCAAUCUUGUGGGUGUUUCAUUCAUAAAGCUGUUCGUAAGGUUACACACGACUGGUCACCUUCCUUGUGCCACACUAUCCCUAUGUAGCUCACUUAGCUUUUAAGAUCAUGUUCCAGUCGUGCGUAACUUUACAAACAGCUUCAUGAAACACCCACCUGUUCACCGCUGCACUGGAGGAAUUCAUUCGUAAAUUACUUGACUUGGAAAAGUAUGGGGCUAAACAUUGAAGGUGAGACCCGAGUAUCGUCUAUAAUUACCAUUGUAAUCACUAAUGAUGGAGAACAAUUUUAUUUCCCAAAAUUAUAACUGAAAAGUUAACUUCAUCUUUUGUUGCCAAAAUGAAAAUUGCAAUUGCCAUUUGUGUCUUUUCUGAUCCUGUUGUUUGACAAUCAGUCUUAUAUAAUCUUUUUUUUGUUUUUAUAUAUAUAUUGUCUUUUUUUUUCUUGUUAUCUGUGUCCCCUUACCACAAAACUUAGUGCUUGCUAUUUGGCCUGAUUUUUAUGUUUGAUUACAUUGUUCAAGAUAUAUAUAUAUAUAUAUAAUCAGAUGUACAAACUGAUUUUAUGAUCAUUAAUUCGCAAAGUUUUGUGUUACCGGCUCCAGAGUGUCCUUGAAAAUGUUGAGGUUUUUAUUGAUUUUAUAUGAUUUGAUCAAUAUAUUGAAAGUAUAGUGACACAGCCUUUAUUUUCUAAGUAGUGUGUACUACAGGAUAAAGCAACUGUCUUUAGCUUAUCCGGUAGAAAUAAGGGGUUAGUAAUAUGGAAAUAUAUAGUGUCUUUAAACAAUGGCUAGUCUGAUAUUUUCCACAUCCCUUUAAGCUUGAAAUAAUGAGGCAUUAGUUAUCAUUGAUUUGACAAUGAAAUGUGUGCAGUAACCUUUUUUUUUUUGCUACCCGAGUCUGUGAGAUGGUGUGAAAGUCCUGAAUAAUUGCACCCGAAAUUUCAUUAUUCACUGCUUCAAAAAGGGACAAA